UGUAUGGAGUACACCGAAUAGGCGGGGUUCCUGUCUCAAAACUACGGCCCAAGGUGACUCGGAGUCUCGCGGAGAGGGAUGCGGAGAUGCCGAACAAUAAAACAAGUGCCUCCUCUCGACUGCACAGGCAGUUAAACAAACUACAACAUCACCCUGCGCCUUUGUUGUGAGACAUUAGCAAGGCUAAAAUCCUCCGAGCUAGCUAACCUGGUCAGUUUUAUUGGAGGAAAACGUGAAAAUUGAUUGAAAUGAUUAGUUUCGCGUUUUGACGCAACUGAAUCCUCCCAAAGUGGGAUCCGCAGCACAUUAAGUUUAGGAAGUCAGCCGCUCUCAAAGAGGAAGUUUGACGGAUCGAGGAGAGUACACAUGUCGUCUGCGGCAGAGACAGUGGAAAAUGCCUCCAUCAUGUCAGAGAGUGUGGCCCAUGAUGGAAACCGCUUAUGGAUAGGCAACAUUGAUCCCAAAAUCACAGAAUAUCACCUGGUGAAGUUGUUGGAGAAGUUUGGCAAUGUGAAACAGUUUGACUUCCUGUUUCAUAAGUCUGGGCCUUUGGAGGGACAGCCACGGGGCUACUGCUUUGUCAACUUUAACACCAGAGAGGAGGCAGAGAGGGCAAUCCAGUGUUUGAAUGGGAAGCUAGCUUUGUCGAAGAAGCUGGUUGUGCGCUGGGCGCACGCACAGGUGAGGAGGUUUGAAGGUUUUCGUAAUGACAAGACGAUGCCUCCGAGCCUAGAACCGUCAUGCAGCGGCGCGGCAGACGAUGGACCGGUAACUGCCAACCACCUCAGUACGAGUGCUAAGAUCCGCGCCAUUGAGGCCAAGCUCCAGAUGAUGGAGGAGAAUCCAGAUGAUGACUACUCGGGCCCGUCAGCCUACGUUCACAACAAACCGCCAGAGAGGAAACGCUGGGAGCCCUACUCUAAAUCACACCACAAUAACCAGAGCAGGCCCUUCCGCAAGUUUAGGAGAUGACCCAUCCUCCCACUCAUUCUGGAGGACACCCCCCUACCCCCUCCCCCCGCUCCAGCCCCCACCUACACACAAACAGACUCUACACUAGAUACUAUAAAGACUAUACACAUCCUAUCUGGGAAUAAAAGGGUUUGACAAUACUUUGAGAACUCGGACUCUUUGGGAGUAUUCACAGCAAUCAUGGACAAUUACCUAAAGUGGUUUUAGUUAUUUUGGGUUUACAGUAUCAGUUUUUAUUUAGUCUUAACAUAUGCCCCAUACCUGACUGCUGUGCAGGUUGGAUCCCUUAUGUCUGCUUUCUCACUUUUUAGAGAUUUAAUGCAGGUGAAUCAUACAGCUGUGAGUGACAUGAUGUGCCGCUGCCAGGAAAGAGAAAUGUUGUUAUUAUUAAAGAGUCUAAAUGCCGAUCCUCUUAUUUUUCACGUUUUUACUUUAAGAUCAUAUUAUUUAAAGGUGAAAUACAAUUAUUGUCUUUAUUCAAGAUGAAGUCAGUGAAGAGGAAGAAAUACACAGAUUUGUAUUCAUGGAGUUCAAAUAAUGAGCCACUCAGCGACACUUACUGUAAGUUGCAGUAUUUUUGUGUGACAUUGGCUUCUUUUUUUUUCUUGGAUCCAAUUUUUAUAUGACCUGCAGUCAAUCUAUUUUUACUGACCUUUUUGUGUUGCGUAGAGUUUUGGUAUUUCCCUUACCUCCUCUCUUUGUUUCAAUUUUUCAAUUAAAAGCUAUAAAAUAUCACAUCUGCAGUGUGUUUAAUUCCAUUUUGUAGAUUUUCUACAUUGCUCUUGAAAUACAGGAUUCAGUUUUAUGUUUUGUCAGUCAGCUACGUUUGCUCUGUUACCACCAUGUUGCUGAUAUAAUCCAAUUUAAUUCACCAGGGGUUAAAAA